AUGGAUGCAUAAACGCCAGUCACACACGUCAAGAUAAGGUUAGACCGUUAUACAAGUGUGAGAAAAAUUCCAUGUCUUAGAUUAUACUCUCCAGUGAGAGAGUUAUGGCAAAUGCUGGAAAUCUGAUAUCACCAAGGAACUUUAAUCCAAUAAUAUUCAAUCCAUACCACUAUGCAACUAAGCUCAAAACCUUGAGGUUGCUCUCUCGGUUUCACUCUUACAACAAUAAUGCCACUGUCACUGCUUCCAAAAGAAAGGAUGACUUGCAAUCUCCAUUGAUUGGGAAGAACACGAGCAGGGCUCCUCGCCGUCUGAUCACAAUAUCACCAGGUGAUGGCAAAUAUCAUGGGGAUUGGACUUGUGACUAUCGCGUCUCUUUGCACGACCUAGAGUUACAGGAUUUGAUUGAAGAUGAUAAUAACUCACGUAAGGAUGCUCAAGUUUUCAUCAAUCUCUCUAUCCAAAAGUCCGUUGAACAUGGUAAUGCCAGCAUGCUAGCUUUGGUUUAUCGGUGGAUGGAAGAGUCACCACAUCCUUCACUAGAAAAUGUAGCACCUGUUCUUCUCCGUAUUGCCGACAGCUGUAGGGGAGGGAUCCGAGACUAUAAUGGUUCGGUUAUUGUUUCAUUUGCUUUCAAGUUGGGUGUUUGUUCGAUUACGCAAGCUGAGCUUUGGGCCGUUGUGCUUGGAAUUCAAAAUAGCAUGGUCACGUAGAUACAAGGAUCUCAUGGUGGAAUCGGAUUCGAAGGCUGCUCUAGCUCUGGAUACAGAAUGGUUGCGCCAAGCAUUUCAUGCUUGUUUUCAACUGGUUCAUGCAGUUAGAGCUUAUGAGGAUAUUGGUGGUCUUUUCUCCCGGUGUCACACACACCAGGAACCAGGAGGCAAAUCAAGUAAUGGAUAUUUUGUCCAUAUUUGGUCUAUCUAGUGACACUGAUGUUCAUGUUUUUGAGUUUAUUCCUGCUUUUCUUUGUAAUGCUGUGACAGCUGAUGCUGCAUAUAUUUUGUUUCCUCAUGGUUACUAAAUAAAGAGUUUCGUAAUUCGUUAGGGGCUUCCAGCCCCUCUUGACCACCAAAAAAUUAUGCUUAGUUUCUUUACCAAAAAUACAUUAUACACCUAAGAAUUUCUUGGAAUGAAAAUGUGUUAUUUGCCUGCA